AGGCCAACUUAUGGAAGCAGACCAGACAAAAGGAAAAGAAAAAGUAGACCAGACGUAAAACUAACCGGCCAGAGUAAGUGCAACCGACGAAAUGCCUCCGAAAAACAUUUCUCCACCAACAAAAACAAACUCUGUAAAUUUCAUGUUUUACACGUUUCUCCCAAAUUCAUUCUCACGAUUUUUUCCAAAUAGGAUUCUGUUGAUGCUAUGGAUUGCCAGCGUUUUUCUUUUUCCUUAUGUCCGUAUGAACUUUUUCUCUUUUAAAAAAAAAAAAAUUACUUCUUCUCCUCUUUAUUUUCUUGGUGGGUCAAGAACAAAGAAUCUGAAAGACAAGAGUUUGAGUUGUUUUUGGGUCAACCAUUUUUUAUUUUUCUGGGUUUUUAUAUCAAAUUUCACAUGCAGUGUUCAAUCUGGAUUUUUCUAAGUUUAUAUCAGAUUCUGGGUUUUUCUAGAGAAUUCACGUUCAGAUUUUACAUCGCAUUAUUUUUUCUGAAUUUUUACAUAUCCUAUUUCAUUUGGUUAAACGAUUUUGAAAAAGAAAAGUAAGAUGGGAAGAAUGCAAAAAGGCUGUGAAGAGAGGGGGGAGCUGCAGAAAAGUUGCAGGACUGAUGGGUUUCGAAGGGAUGGGGUCAGUUAGGCAAAACCGGUUCACUUGUUAGUGAAUCCGGUCUACACGUAAUGUGUGUAGUGGCUGCUCUCAAACAGUGGCUGCUAUCAAGAUUUUUUCUUUUCUUUUUGCUCUCUUUCGAAUACAAGGGACUCAGUCGACCUCGAGCAUGUACAGCACGCCUCUAUCGUGCCGCAUGAAGACGUAGUCGUGGCUGAGCGCGAUCCGGCGACGGCAGCAUGGCCGUUUAUGGCGGCUAUGGUGGGCAUAGGGAGCGAGAGAAGUGCAGAGGCGACCGGUCUGAAAGACUCAACCAUGUGGUGGAGCCUCUUGCGGGUGCCAGAGGAGGAUCUGGCGGCUUGGGCCCAGGAUAGGUCGAACCCAUUGGAGAAGAACUUGCCGUGGGCGGUGCUGGUCAGAGUGGAGUCGCGAACGGCUUGGGAUUUGACUUGGGAGAGAAUCGAGAUGAGGGAGAUGACUGUCGGGCUGAAGCGGUGCUCGCCGUCGCCGGUGAGUGUUAGGAAGAAGAUUUCAUGGGCUACUCCAUUAUUUCCUGGGCUGAUUUCAUCUGCAAAGCUUCCGCCUUUGAGGUCGAAACAAUGUCUUUUCGAUUUGGACCGGGUGGGAUGAAGAUGCCUACUCAACAUUGACAUAUAUGUCAUCAAAUGCUUCUCUCGUGAGAUCUGACACCUCGUACGAGGAAAUUAAAGAGCAUUCAUUACAUGCUCAGAGGAAGAAUAUAUAUAUUUUUUUAAAAUUACCGUGUAAAUAAGCAAGUGCAUUCUAUAUAUUAGGUAUUUGUAGCCUAGAUAAAAGAUGUUAGUUAAAUGCGGAAACGACAGCAAGAGAAAUGGUCGUGGUAAUGCUCUAUUGAUUUAUUUAUUUAAUUUUUUUGGCA